AUGCUCCCAACACCAUGCACCUCCCACGUCUCCUUUGACACCAUCUACGAACCCUCCGAAGACUCCUACCUCUUCCUCGACACCCUCUCCUCCGAAUCCGAAUCAACAUGGCUCUCAAACCGCUUCAACAGCACAUCUACACCAUCACCGGAUGAUAGCACACAAAGUACAUCUACAUCACCUCUAGUCGUCGAAGUCGGAACCGGCUCCGGGGUUGUCCUGGGCUUCGUAGCUGCCAAUUCGCAAUUGAUAUUUGGUCGACGGGAUAUCCUAGCUCUGGGGACGGAUGUGAAUCGGAAUGCGUGCUUAGCGACGCGGGAGACGGCGGUUAAGGCGGUUCAUGAGAGACAGGCAGACUCAGCACCAACAGCAAAAACACCAUACCUCGCCUCCAUAAUGUCCGACCUAUGUACACCCCUCCGACCAGGGAGUGUCGACGUCCUCCUCUUCAAUCCCCCCUAUGUCCCGUCAGAAGAAGCACCCCGGUUACCCACCGUGGCAGAACAGAAAGACAAGAAGGACCUAUCGCGAUCAGCAAAGUUCGAGCAGGACUCGUACUUUCUAUCUCUGACGUAUGCUGGUGGAGUUGACGGGAUGGAGACGACUGAUCGGUUGUUAGAGGCGAUUCCGGGGAUUCUGGAUCCUGUGCGCGGGGUUGCGUAUGUCUUGCUCUGCAGGCAAAAUAAUCCGGAAGAGGUAAAAGAGAGGAUUCGGGGAUGGGGGAAUGGAUGGAAGGCUGAGACAGUUGGGAAUAGUGGUAAGCAGGCGGGGUGGGAGAAGUUGGUUAUUGUGAGGAUAUGGAGGGGCGAGUAG